CUGUCUUAAGGGAUUAUUCUCAGUUCGGUUCGGGAAGCGCAGCAGACAACACACACUCGGGAAGAUGAUCAAAGUCGUGGUACUGUGCCUGUGCUUGGCCACCGCCUUGGCCCUCAAUUCAGAUGGCAAGAAUAGCCGUAUCGUUGGUGGCGUAGACGCCCUAGCCGGGGAGUAUCCGUACAUAGUAUCGAUCCAGCGACUGUUUCUGACGAUUUCGACCCACGUUUGCGGUGGUACCAUUCUGAACAACUUCCACGUCCUAACGGCAGCUCAAUGUUUUUUCGGAAAAUCCGCCGGUAGGCACCGUGUUCAGGCCGGUAAACUGAACUUAAACCAAUUUGAACCGGUCGAGCAGACCGUCAACAUGUUGUGGUUCACCAUGCAUCCGAAUUACGACGGAUCACCAACCCCUUACGAUUUGGCGAUUGUUCGUCUGCAAUCUCCCUUCGGAUUCAACAGUUUUAUUCAACCGGUUGUCAUGCCAAUACCUAAUUCUAUUCCUAGCGGAGUGGUACGCUUCGCCGGAUGGGGGUCAACGUCAAUGGGUCUGUUGCCAGGCACGCCAACCAUUCUGCAGCAAACACGUGUUUCAGUCUUCCCCAAUGAAAAUUGCACCCAAAUGUUAUAUGGAGUCAUGCCGAUUACUCCAGAAAACGUUUGCUUGGGACCCGCUACUGGUGGUAUUGGUGCCUGCAACGGAGAUGCCGGUGGCCCAGUAGUACAGGUUACCAACGGACAGCAUGUGCUUGUUGGUAUCAUAACCUGGCAAGUUUUCCCGUGCGGUAUACCGGGAGUGCCAUCGAUUUCCUCCCGCGUUUCCGCUUUCAACGAUUGGAUUCAGGAGAAUUCAUGA